GUGUGGCUUUCAGCAGUGGAGAGAGGGCCCGGCAACUCCGACGAUUCUCCAUCACCACUCUUAGAGAUUUUGGCAUGGGCAAGAGAGGCAUUGAAGAGCGCAUCCAAGAAGAAGCUGGCUUCCUCAUUGAGGCUCUCCGAGGCACAAAAGGAGCUGCCAUUGACCCCACCUUCUUCCUGAGCCGCACGGUCUCCAAUGUCAUCAGCUCCAUCGUUUUUGGUGAUCGAUUUGAAUAUGAGGACAAACAGUUCCUGUCCUUGUUGCGUAUGAUGCUGGGGAGCUUCCAGUUCACAGCCACAUCCAUGGGACAG